AAUUUGUUGAUGCAAUUAACCAAGAUGGGAAGACAACCAUGUUGUGAUAAAAAUGGAUUAAGAAGAGGGCCAUGGACCAUUGAAGAAGAUCAUAAGCUCAUGACCUUUAUCCUCAACAAUGGUAUUCAAUGUUGGCGUCUCGUUCCGAAGCUUGCAGGAUUGAUGAGAUGUGGUAAGAGUUGUAGGCUAAGAUGGAUUAAUUAUCUAAGACCCGACCUCAAAAGAGGCGCGUUUACAGAAGCCGAAGAAGAUAUGAUCAUUCAACUUCAUUCUCGACUUGGAAAUAGAUGGUCGAAAAUAGCAGCGCAAUUUCCAGGUCGUACUGAUAAUGAGAUCAAGAAUCACUGGAAUACCCGGAUCAAGAAGAAGAUGAAAUACUUGGGAUUAGACCCUCGUACGCACCAUCCAAUCGAGCAACAUCAUAAUUUGGACCCGACUGUCAACAUACAAAAUGACGAAUCCACUUCUUCAUAUAAUACUUUUAACAAUCACACGAUCAAAGAAGAAAACGUUAACAUCUUAAACGAUAAAACUCCAACGAUAGAAGAUAUUGGAGUGAUGAUGAUGUCCCAUGAUCAUCCACUUGAAUCUUGUAGCACUUCUUUUGAGCUAGAAUUCCCACAAAAUUGGAUUGAUAGCCCAGGAUUCCAAUGGGAUGCCUUCAAUGAUCCAGGAUUGGGUUUUCAUUGA